AGAAGAAGAAGUAUAUUGGGAAGGAUGAGAAGUCACCGUCCAAAAAACAAAGCCCAAGACUGAAAUUGGGGGAAUGACGAGGCAAUGAAUCCAAUGACGGCAACAUCCAACAAAUUCAAAUCUGUCUGUUUCCGUUCACUUUUGGCCACAUCUGCUGCACACUUCUUCAUCGUUUUUCAUUUUCCCCAAUUUAUUUCCUCUUUCUCUCUGUUCAAUCACCCUUAGUUACUUACUUACCAUGGCGGAUUGGGGACCGGUGUUGAUAGCGGUGGUGCUGUUCGUGCUGUUAUCGCCGGGGUUGUUGUUCCAGUUACCUAGCCGUGGAAAAGUGGUGGAGUUCGGCGGGAUGCAAACGAGCGGCGCUGCUAUUUUGGUACAUGCCGUCAUUUACUUUGGCCUCAUCACUAUCUUACUUGUUGCCGUCGGCGUACAUGUUUAUGCCGGUUAAUCAAACUCCGAUCUCUAUUUUCCGUUUGUUGCUCUUUAAAUUAUGUUCUACUUUUUGUUUCGUUGAAUACAGGGACUCGUUGUUGCCUUUUUGAUCUUCGAAUUACUUACAAUCUAGCGCCUCCCCGAA